CUACUUUCGACGUGAUCGAACUAUAUAUCUCAUUGUGACAAAGAUCACAUACAUACCUUAUCCACACUAAAUAUGACGAAUAGGGAGGAUUUCAUCCAUUUCUCCGGUUUUACCCAACAACCGGGGCGCCUCAGCCUUCCUAGGGCGCCAUCAACCUCAGGCUCUUCCUCGGGAGAUCCUAACGGGCAAGAAGGCCUCCUGCCAAUCGCCAACGUGGGGCGGAUCAUGAAGGACGUGCUGCCGCCGGCAGCCAAGGUCUCGAAGCACGCCAAGGAGGUGAUCCAGGAGUGCGCCACGGAGUUCAUCGGCUUCGUCACCGGUGAGGCCUCGGAGAGGUGCCGGCGGGAGAGGCGCAAGACGGUGAACGGCGAUGACAUCUGCCACGCCAUGAAGACUCUUGGCCUCGACAACUACGCUGGCGCCAUGCGCAGGUACCUGCAGAGGUACCGCGAGGGCGAGGAGCUCACGGCGGCGCUCAACAACCACAGCAGGUCGCCGGUUCCGCCGCCGCCAGAUGACGGCAUGAUCCAGAUCGACAUCUGGGGCGAGCGGUCCAACUCCAGGGGCAAUGAGAAGCAUGGCAGCGACUGAACAUAUACUCUUCGCCUCAUCUGACUGAAGUUGUUUCGAUCUUCUUGUAUUUGCGGUCUUCGUGUACGUCGUGACCUGAACUAUAGCUUUUGCUUAUGCUCUUGCUUGUGUUCUUACUCCUAUGUACUAUUGCAAUGGAUAUGUACCUGCUGUACCUGAAAACAUUUCGACUUGUAUUAACUAGUUUUAGCAUGCAUUUCAUGUUUAGAAUGAUUUUUUUACAAGAAUUUGAGCACAUUUGGU